CUCAAGCUGGCGGCAACGGAAAUGAUGCGUGAAGAGCGCGACACACUGUCAACCUGUGGCUUGCUGCCGGCGCGGUUGCGGGCUGCGGGAGGGAGCGAUGGAGGACCACGAGUUAAUUGAAUACUUCAAGUCUCAGAUGAAAGGCGAUCCUAACAUGGCCUCAGCUGUAGCUGCCAUCCGCACUUUGCUGGAGUUCUUGAAGAGAGACAAAGGGGAGACACUCCAGGGCCUGAGAGCGAAUCUCACCAGUGCCAUAGAAACCCUAUGUAGUGUGGACUCCUCCGUGGCCAUCCUGUCAGCUUUCCUGGGAUCUCCCCCCUUCAUUUUGCUCUUUUCUCCCCAGGAUUACUCCAAAUGUAAGAAGAUCAUGAUUGAGAGAGGGGAGCUUUUCCUCAGGAGAAUAUCCUUGUCAAGGAACAAAAUUGCGGACCUAUGCCAUACCUUCAUCAAAGAUGGGGCGAGAAUUUUGACUCAUGCCUACUCCAGAGUUGUCCUGAGGGUCCUGGAAGAAGCUGUGGCAGCCAAGAAGCGGUUCAGUGUGUAUAUCACAGAGUCUCAGCCUGAUUUAUCCGGGAAGAAAAUGGCCAAAGCCCUAUGCCACCUCAAUGUUCCUGUCACUGUGGUGCUGGAUGCUGCUGUUGGCUACAUCAUGGAGAAGGCAGAUCUUGUCAUAGUUGGUGCUGAAGGAGUGGUUGAGAACGGAGGAAUUAUUAACAAGAUCGGAACCAACCAGAUGGCUGUGUGUGCCAAAGCCCAAAACAAGCCCUUCUAUGUGGUCGCAGAAAGUUUCAAGUUUGUACGGCUCUUCCCACUCAAUCAACAAGAUGUCCCAGAUAAGUUUAAGUACAAGGCAGACACUCUGAAGUCCAAGCAGACUGGGCAGGACCUCAAAGAGGAACACCCGUGGGUGGACUAUACUUCCCCGUCCUUGAUUACCCUGCUGUUUACGGACUUGGGUGUGCUGACGCCAUCUGCUGUAAGCGAUGAACUCAUCAAGCUGUACCUAUGAGCAGAGUCCACUCCAGCCAGGGGCCAAAGGGCUCACACUGCAAAGUGACACAGUCCUGGAGAACCCUUUUAACUCAGCUGUCACUUCUGAAACCUGUUCCCAGUUCUAUAACCAAGCUGAAGCAUCCUUCCGGUUUUCAGAAACUCACCGUCUCUGGAAGUACAAGUUAGAUGACUGGCUGCAAAGCCGAGGAAGGACAGAGUGGGGACCCUCUACUCUCACCAUACUCCAGGCUGGUUUGCAUCAGUGAAAGUGAUGCAGGCCCCUCUGCAGUGACAACCACUGAGGACAUAUCAUGGGGUGCCUUACAAACAAGGCUGGAAACACUUGCUGCAUCUGGCUUCAGGGCUUGACCCUCCUCAGCAGGGUCAAUGUCUAUAAAAUGUAAGUUUACAUUAAACAUGUUUAGGUCCCAAACAGCUUUUGUAAAUUAAACAUGGGAACAAAUCAGGAUCUUUGCAAAUAAAUCGUAUGAAAUA